AUGGUGGCGCCCCUCUACAAGCUGCACUGCCUCUUGAAGCGGGCUCAGAUGCUGCUGCUCUGCCUGGGCAUCGCCUACCUGAUGGCAGGCAGCAUCCUGCUCCUGCAGCGCUCCAGCAUCAGAGUGGCCCAACCCAACCUCGCCAGCCUGCCGCCCCUGCUGUCCCUCGCAGCACCUCCCACCGCCCUCAGGACUACAGGCCUGGGCGUGAGGGCGCGCUCCAGAUGGGCCUCCAUUCAGGCUGUGUCCGGAGGGGGUGCCAAGGCCGGGCGGCACUGGCCCGCUUCCCGAAGCCUGGGGGUCCAACACUUGCACCGCCGCUGGUUUCACAGUCUGUUGCCAGAGAGUCCGGAGCAGAGAGUGUCUCUACACAGGAGCAGCAGACACAAAGGAACUUACAUCGGAUGCUUCCUGCACAAUGCCAGCGACCGGGCCCUGGGAGGAACCAUGCUUUAUGACCUGCGCAAAAUGACCAGCUCUCUGUGUCAAGACACCUGCUCGGAAAGUGGGUACCAGUUUGCAGGUCUGGAGUACGGCGCCGAGUGCCACUGCGGGAAUCGGAUCAGUAGCCCACGGGCUCCGGAGGAGGAUUGUAGUCUGGUGUGCCGGGGUGAGAGGGGGUCUCCCUGCGGCGGCGUGGGCCGACUCUCCAUUUACAAGGUGGAGGAGCAGCUGCCAGGUCACAGAAAAUUCAGAAACGUUCACUACCGCGGCUGCUUCAAAUUGCCAAAAAGCAUCAUCACCACCUUCCCCAUCGACUCCUUUCAGCCCAACCUAACCACGCAGUCCUGCAUCGAGACCUGCACUGAUAAGGAGCUCCCGCUGGCUGUGUUCAGGAAGCCCCACUGCUUCUGCACAUGGACGUCGUCUCUCUUCAGCCUCACCCAGCAGUCGGACGACCAGCAGUGUGCCGAGAACGCUGCUCUGAACCACACCGCCACCCCUGCACCCGCCGCCUCCGCAGACCACUACCAGGUGUACCACACACCUGUGCUGGAUUCCAGGUGCAAAGAGAGGAUGUUUCUGCCUCAGAGGUCCAGCUCCCUGGUGGCUCUUUCUAGUUUCCCCGGUGCAGGCAACACCUGGGUACGGCACCUGAUUGAGCUCGUGACCGGCUACUACACUGGCAGUUUCUAUUUCGACGGCACGCUGUACAACAGAGGUUUCAAAGGAGAGAAGGACUACUGGAAGAGCGGCCGCAGCAUCUGCGUAAAGACCCACGAAAGCGGUCAGAAAGAGAUUGAGAUGUUCGACUCUGCCAUUCUGCUGAUUCGAAACCCUUACCGCUCCUUAAUGGCCGAGUUCAACCGCAAGUGUGCCGGACACCUGGGACACGCCACGGACGCACAGUGGAAGAGUAAAGAGUGGCCUGAGUUCGUGUCCAGCUACGGGCCCUGGUGGGCGUCCCACGCGCUGAGCUGGCUGAAGUUUGGGCGCCGCCUGCUGGUGGUGCACUACGAGGAGCUGCAGAGAGCUCUUCUGCCACAGCUCCGUCUCAUCACUGCCUUUCUGAACGUCACCAUGACUGAGGAGAGGCUGCUGUGCGCACAGAGCAACCAAGACGGGCAUUUCAAGCGCUCGGGGAGCCUGCGGCCCUCCUUUGACCCAUUCACUCCCGACAUGAGACACAUAAUUGACUCCUUCAUUCAUACUGUUGACCAGGCACUGCAGAGCAGGAACUUUAGCGGACUUCCACAGGAAUACCUCCCCAGAUGAUGACCUGAAAAGGUCACACAGGUAGUUCUUUAAACGGCUGGUUCAGCAGGGGUCUGUGAAAGGGAAGUUCUUCACCAAGUGCUCCACGGGGAACAGACACAUGCUGGCUGAUGGAAGUGGCCCACCCAACUCUUUGAUAAGGCAGGAGCCCCGUGAAUGGCUGAGGAGUCCCGACACACAUUAGAGGUCACUGGAGAAAAUAUGACAAUUCAUUGUGAAGUCCAACGGUGAGCGGCGCUGAAAGCCUCGGGCCGGGACCGCCUCUCUGAGAGCAGCAAAUAUGACAAAUUCUCAGAGAGGAUUUGACGUGAUUUGUUGGCCUGCAGAGUUGGGAUUAUCUAGCAAAGUGCCCGACUGCACAAACAUGAGUGUGUAAAUCCAGGAUAGACUCAUUUCGGUUUUCUCCGGCUCUCUUUGUAAUUUUGCUUUCGCACAUACGUUGUGUUUUCAUCGACCUCUGUUAAUAAAAUGACCAGUUGUACUAACACAGACGGCAGAAGCUCAGAACCAUGACCUGGAUCGCUCAGUGUGAACCCACUGGCUGCUACAGGUGUGCGGUCGUGAUGGAUCAGGGUUCUGGCUGGAACGCUCCACGUCACUCGUCUGACUGUACAUGAACUCAGAUAUGUGUUGAUCAUGAUGAACCUGCUCUGAUCUGUAUAUGAACUCCACCUGUUUCUAUGAGCAUUCUGUUUCAUUAAACGCAUUCAGUUUGAAA